CGUUAGCGCUGUGCUUUACGACUCAUUGCUGGGAUGUAAAGCGGCCGUCACAGAACGGGACACCACUAUUCAAUAACCGCGAAACAAGCACAUUGCAAAACAACAAGCAUCGUGACCGAACAUACGCGAGCGGCCGUGACAUCCCUGUACUUGUACAGCGGGACAAAGGUAUGUCACAGUGGAUAGCGACGAUAACGGUGUACUGCUGCGACGCAGAUCCACUGCGACAAGACCUAUGAGUACCCGCGGGAGUCGCUGAACGCCUUGGCCGACAUGGGUCUGCUGGGUGCGAUCGUCCCGAAAGAGCUGGGCGGACUUGGGGAGAAUCACGUGUGCACCGCCAUGGUGGUCGAGACCCUGGCCCGCUACGGCUGCCCCAGCACCGCCAUGGUCUACACUAUGCACGUGGCUGCCGUGUCGACCCUGCUCUUCCGCUACCACAACAAUCCAACGAUCCAGGACGUGCUGCACCGCCUGGACAAGGACAGGCUGGUGGGGACGUUGUCCUUCAGUGACCCGGCUACCGGCGGCCACUUCUGGUCCCGCUGUCGUCUAAGUGUCGUCAGCUCGACGAGAACCAUGUGA